AUGGCAAACCUGACGUCAAACCUGACCUCAAACCUGACGUCAAACCUGACCUUAAACCUGACCUCAAACCUGCAAAAUCCUGACCUCAAACCUGACCUCAAACAUGACCUCAAACCUGACCUCAAACCUCACCUGAAACCUGACCUCAAACCUGACGUAAAACCUGACCUCAAACCUGACCUCAAACCUGACCUCAAACCUGACCUGAAACCUGACCUCAAACCUGACGUCAAACCAGACUUCAAGCCUGACCUCAAACCUGACUUCAAACCUGACCUCAAACCUGACCCCAAACCUGACCCUGACCUCAAACCUGACUUCAAACCUGACCUCAAACCUGACCCCAAACCUGACGUUAAACCUGACAUCAAACCUGACCUCAAACCUGACCUCAAACCUGACCUCAAACCUGACCUCAAACCUGACCUCAAACCUGACCUCAAACCUGACCUCAAACCUGACCUUAAACCUGACCUCAAACCUGACCUCAAACCUGACCUAAAACCAGACUUCAAGCCUGACCUCAAACCUGACUUCAAACCUGACCUCAAACCUGACCCCAAACCUGACGUUAAACCUGACAUCAAACCUGACCUCAAACCUGACCUCAAACCUGACCUCAAACCUGACCUCAAACCUGACCUCAAACCUGACCUCAAACCUGACCUCAAACCUGAUCUCAAACCUGACCUCAAACCUGACCUCAAACCUGACCUCAAACCUGACCUCAAAACCUGA